AUGGCGGAUGAAACACCUCAUACCAAUGCUAAUACCAGUACAAAUGUCAAUGCCAAUGCUAAUGGCGAAGUUGAUGAGCGCGAUCAUAAUCUCUCGUUGGGUCGACAACAGUCUUCGGACCUGCCUGCGUUGACUUCUACAGGAAGGGCUAUUCAGGCUUGUGAUAGGUGUCGGUUUAAGAAGGUUCGAUGCGAUGGCGCGGUUCCAACUUGUGGGAGAUGUAAAACGGCAGGCCUCGAGUGUCUUACCACGGUCAAACUUAACCGCAAGUCUUACCCAAGAAGCUAUACUGAAUCUAUUGAGGAACGCCUACGACAGCUGGAAGCGGAGGUCCAUAAGCUAAGGGUGGGUAAUGAGAACAAAGAUAAGCGCAUUAAGGAACUGGAAGCGUUGGGUGCGAAUGCAUCUUCUCCGAGGCAAGUUGGUUUUUCGACGACGGCCAAUCGCCCUGAGAGUGUGCCAAAGCUUAGCCCAAGACCACCAACGGACGAACCUCUUUCUCGAGAAGUCGGACGCAUGAAUCUUGAUCGAAGGGGGAUAGGGCGUUUCAUGGGAUCCUCAUCUGGAAUAUUCUUUAUAGGGACCGCUGAGCAACGUCUCGCCAAUAUCCCCAAUCAUUCCGCGAAGAAAAUUGGGGAUUCGCUGCUUAGAGUCGAUGUGGAUGAUCAGACGACCGACUAUCCCAUUCACCAUGUUGUUGACUCUGCGGCGACUUUGACCCCGCUACCUCCCCGCGAAACUGCUGAGCGGUACAUUGAUGUCUGGUUCAAUGCUUGGAGGCACAUCUUUCCCAUUUUGCAUCGCCCGUCGUUCGCGAAUUCACUCCACCAACUCUAUGAUAGCCCUUCUCCUGAACAUGGACGUCCUGUUCUAGGAAUAUUUUAUCUUAUACUGGCGCUUGGCUGCCGCCACCUUUUCCUCACUGGAGAUGCGACCGGAGGAAAUCCCACUGUGAAGAGCAACCAGGAAGAUAUUGAAUAUUACAGCCAGUCAUCUAAAUAUCACAAUGAUAUUUUAGCGUUGAAUAAUCUCACUACCUUGCAGUAUCAAGAACUGCAGACCUUGUGGUUUUUAUACACUGGAAAGCGCAGUCUGGCGUUUCAAGUGACUGGGAGUAUGACUCGCCUCGCGCUUGAACUGGGACUGCAUCGGCACACGAGGCGAUUUCAAUUCGGUCCGUUAGAGACUGAAUUAAGGAAGAGGGUUUUUUGGGUUUGUUAUAUGCUUGAUAAUUUUGUAUCCGCUAUUCAUGGGCUACCGAAAUCCUUUCGUGAUCAGGAUAUCGAUGUCGAGCAUCCCUCAGAUGUCGACGACGAUUUCGUUAACUCAAGCGGCUAUUUACUUUCAUUACCUGGCGAGCCUACUGGGAUGCUGACGUUCGUCUCGCUGAUCGAAGUUGUUCGAAUUCUUUCCAAUACCCUUGAAAUUCUUUACACGACCACUGAUAGAAGGCAAACUGUCACCAAAAUCAAGACGAUAGACAGAUUACUCGACCAGUGGAUCCAUACCCUUCCAGAUCACCUUCAAUUGGACUCAACUCCAUUUUCCCAACCUCCGCCAGCUUUUGGUGAUACUCGUACACUUAUUGAGCCUUCAAUCGCUUUCUUACAUAUAUCAUACCAGUACACUCGUCUUUCCGCUCAUCGGGUUGCGCUCUCGUUCUUUCCAUCGCAACCACACUAUUGCAUCUCGCUUGUGAAAUAUGCCUUUGUGGCGGCUGGUCGAGACGGAGAGAAAGUCCGGUCUGAUAAUUUACGUUGUAUAUCAACGGCUCUUUCAGAUAAUUCCCAGAUAUCAGAUUCAACUUCAUCGCAAACUGACCAGCCCGAGGUAUGGAACCAACCACCUCCGCUGAUUUUACAGCAGCAGCUUCAACAACAUCAGCAGCAGCAACGGCAGCACCGUCAGUCAGUGGACAUCGCACAUACACCCUCGUCAUCAAAUCCAUCACCGUCCCUUACCACUCCUCCUGCACAAUUUCCCCAAUUCCUCCCACAUUCAAUAUAUCCACAUCCGUCCCCAAACAAUCUAUCCACCCCAGAUACUCAAAUACAAAACCCUUCACGACCACAGUUGCAGCCACAACCACCACUCCCACAUCCACAAACAGACAUGCAAUCUCCCGGCCUCUCCCGCCUAGCAAUGUCCGCGACCUCCCCUUCGUUCCUAAACACCUUCGACAUCGAUUUCUCAAGCCCUUUCGCCCACCCCUACGACCGCAUCUCCGAUGCCUUCCCUCCACACCCCGCUCCUGACAACGGUACAAACAGCAACCAGCAUAUCGCCCCUGGCUUGACAUCCUCAACACAUCAUCAAAGCCACCAGCAGCCACAGCAACACCCCCACCCCCACCCGCACCCUCACCCUCAUCAGCGCCAGCAGUCAAUCAGGCACGUCUGGGAUGACCCUGUAUUUAACCUUGCGUCGAUAAUGCGUGUGUCAGAAGCUGGAGACACUGGAAAUGGGAGUACCAACAGUGUUUCAUUUCCUAUGCAGGAUAUUGCGAGCGGAGAGCCGAUUGUGAUUGGGGAUGGUGGUGGAGAUGGGAGUGGGAUAGGAACUGGGGCCGGGAGUGGGGCGCGGAAGAGGGCUAGGGUUGGGUCAUCUAGUUGA